CCCCCCCAUAUCAUAUCAUCGCUGCAUCUCCCUUCAUCGGCGGACCUGACGCACCCGGUCUGAUCGAUUGUAUUAAUCCUCGCUGUCUUCCUGUUUCCUGCGGCUUUUCCUGCCCCGCGCAUUGAUCCACGCAGCCUCAUCUCAGCCGCCUACGUCCCCAGCCGAGGUUGCCAAGGCCACGCAGCACAACGUUAUUGUCUGUUUCAGGCGGGAGAUCCGGAGACGCACAGAGCCGCAUCCUUGGCAGGCCGUCACUUUUUGCUGCUGCUACGCUCUUCUUUUUUUCCUUUGUAAUUGCGAGAAUUACAAUACCAAGACAACUCGACCCUCUCUAGGGGUGCCCGGGAAAACAGAACUGAACCUCGAGUAGAAUACAAAAGAAGAGAGAUGUGCAGCAACUAAUGCGCACAAUACCGCCGCCUUCAUGACCGAUACAUACGAUUCGGACGACUGUUACGACCGUUCCGACCGUCUGGAACCGCAGAUUAUCAACUAUGACCCCGAAGAUCCAGUGCCCCCCUUUCUCCGUAGACCUUCAUCCUCCAGCAGAGGAAGCCGCAAGAGCCCGUUAAUGAAUAGAUCGCCUCCUGAACGCUCUUUUCAGCGUGGAAAAGUCCCACCCAGUGCAGCGGACCAGGUGCUGCUAAACCACUUCGCUCCUAGCCGCCCUGACAUCGCCGCUUAUGCAGCGAAAAACGCGCUGUUCCCAUCGUCAGAUGAUGAGUCGGGCCCCUCGUCAUCCCCCAAGCAGAAACCGACGAGAAAGGAAGAGCCGCAGCCGCCAGAAGCCCCCCCGGCCUCGCGGGAAUUGGCAAAAGAAGUACUCAAAAUACUGUACCGCAACGAUGCACCGGCCGAAGAUGGCGGCAAUGAUGCGCUACACAGGCAGGACCGUGGCGGCCAUGACCCUUCGCCAUCCGGCCCAAUCGACCCAACCCCCGAGACGGAACCCAUGCAGCACGUCCAGGAACUGCCACCUCUCAAGAUCUGCCUUGAGCGCGGACUUUUUGAUGAUGAUAUCUCCGAAAAUUCACCUCUCAGGAAAUAUGCCAUUUCGCCUUGCCAGCGUUCGGCUCAACAAGUCCUCCCGGCAUUGCAGUCCCCCCCGCAAUCGGCGACUGCCAACCCACCGGAAAACAACAAUAAUCAUAGCUUGCCUUCGCUGCAGUCCGCUAUUGGUGAUCGACUAUCGGGGAUCCCACUACCAAAGGAGCCCAGGAUCGGCAGCGCCCCGUCCUACCACUUCCCAAUUGUCCCAGGCUCUACUCCACCUCUACCCCGGACGGAUUUGGUCCAUGAGCGUCAGCUGUCUGGACCACUUCCUCCACCGCAAGUACCCCUCAGUCCGUUUUCACACUUCUCACCCGCAAGCUCAACCGAUCUUUCGAACAUGCCUUCUCCAGCUACCCAGCUACCGUCAUGGAGGAAUACAUUCAAACCAGACAUACCCCAUAUACCACCGAACUACGAGGUUCCACCUCAUCCGUCGCAGAUGGCUCAGAGCCCUGCCACUGGUUACCCGACACCCACAGACCAGAUAUGUACGGUUCCGGAGAAAGUGGCCCAUCCUACCGGUAGUACGCAGUCUACCGUUUCCGUUCCCGUGGGCACCUUCAAAUGUGACCAUCCCGGAUGCACGGCUCCGCCAUUCCAAACUCAAUACUUGUUGAAUUCCCACGCGAAUGUACAUUCACAAGAUCGCCCUCACUUCUGUCCCGUCCCGGGCUGUCAUCGCGGGAUUGGCGGGAAAGGGUUCAAACGCAAAAAUGAAAUGAUUCGACACGGCCUCGUUCACGAUUCCCCAGGAUACGUCUGCCCUUUCUGCCCGAACCAGCAGCACAAGUAUCCACGACCUGAUAAUCUUCAACGCCACGUCAAGGUACACCAUCCCGACAAAGGCAAAGACGACCCCGAGCUCCGAAAAGUACUUGCGCGAAAACCAGCAGGAAGUGCACGAGGGAGACGUCGACGGAUGAAUGCAUGACUUCGAUGGCACGUUCUAGGCCAUCGCCAAUGACGAAUUUCUUUCCUUUUCCCCCUUCUGCUUUUGCCUUCCAUUCUUUCAGCGUGUUGGAACUGCAUCUUGAAACUGGUUGUUUAAUUUGUUUAAUUCCCCAUCUAUGAUACCAGACAUGUAGAGUCUAUGCUCAAUGUGAUUGUCAAUUGUGUGGCUGAGAGCAUAUUUGGAUUCCCAUGAUGAUACGGCCAGGAUUGGAGCAAGGAGGGCGUUCUUUUCGGGAUAUACUUGUUUUAUUGUUUCUAUUUUUUUAAUAUUUUUUUUCUCUAUUGAUUCUGAUUUCACUCAGCCCUCGACGGGUCUUAUCUUCAUGUGAUAUAUUUGAGGUAUGUUGUUUACAUAUAGGCUUCCAGGUGAUCCAAAUCCAUUUAUUUACAAAACUAGAGUUCUGUG